UACAUUAGAGGAAAUGCAGGGUUGAAAACAAACGAUGCAGCUUUGCGCACCUGGUCACCUGUCAGUAGGACCUAAUGAUUCCUGGACACGCGUUUGUUCUUCUCCCGCUUCAGACGCACGCUCCAGCUUCGAUGUGCGCGUCUUCGGUUUAGUACAACCAGUGUGUCACCUGCUGGCAGAGUCUGUGUAACCUGAAGACAAUAACACACCGGGUCCCAGGACCAUCUCCCCUGAAAUAUGAUCCACUUCUAGGAACCACACACGCACACAGCUUAGUUUACUUACCUGGAGCCAAUGAGACGUAUUCACACCUUCAGUGCAAUGGUUCUAUUUGUCACUUUAUUUCUGAUAUUCUUCUACUCAACCCUACACCUAGAGACGACCUACAGCCACAGGCCUGAACCAGAGGACCCCUUGAAGCAUGCUAGUCUCCAGGACCACGACAGUGAUGUGAAAACAGAAACCUCCAAGCCGGAAAGCCUCACCAGGCCUCACCCUGACGUCCACAAUGUGUCUGUUUCUGAUGGCCUCAGACAGACCAUCCCUCAGAAUCAAGCGUACUGGAACCGUCUGCUGUACUUGGCCCUCAGGAAUCUGGACAAGGGGAAAAACCCUCUCAGACUCAACUCCCAUUGGUCUCGCUGCAGGGAGAUGAAUCAAGAGCUCCUGCAAACCAAUGUGCACGACUUCACCUCCUACCCUGUCCUGUUUCAGGACUUUGUGCAGGGCAUGAACUGCAGGUCAGCUCCAGAACUUAUCAAUCAACCUAACAAGUGCAUCCUCAGAGAAGGGGAGGGAACGAACCAGACCUUCCUGCUGUUUGCCAUCAAGUCAACCCCUGGAAACUUUGAGCGGAGACAGGCAGUGCGGGAGACUUGGGGCAGAGAGGGGAUGUACCAGAGAGGGCUGAGAGUGCGCACGGUGUUCCUCUUGGGUAACUCCCCGCUGGAUGACCCUGACCUCAGCCCGCUGCUGUCAUUUGAAGCAAAACACUUUGGGGACCUCUUGCAGUGGGAUUUCCAAGACUCCCUCUUGAACCUGACGCUUAAAAUGAACAUGUUCCUCCAGUGGACGCUGAAACACUGUCCUCAUGUUUCCUUUGUCUUCAGCGGGGACGACGAUGUAUUUGUCAACACACCGGCACUUCUCAGCUACCUGCAGUCUCUGACGGCCUCUAAAGCAUCUCAGUUGUAUGUUGGACAUGUCAUAAGCACAGCAAAUCCCCUCAGAGACCCUAACAUCAAGUACUACAUUCCUCUGAGCUUCUACGACGGCCCCUACCCUGCUUAUGCUGGUGGAGGCGGCUUUCUUAUCUCUGGAGUGUUGCUGCAACCCCUGUAUUCAGUUUCACAUGUCAUUCCUUUCUUCCCCAUCGAUGAUGUCUACAUCGGGAUGUGUGCUAAGGCUCUGGGAGUCUCUCCUGAGGCACACGAGGGCUUUCAGACCUUUGACGUCAAGGAGCAUGAUCGUGGGAAUCUGUGCGUACAUAAAGAUCUUAUUCUGAUUCACCAGCGCUCGCCACCACAGGUGAAGAGGCUGUGGAAGGGCAUUCACAGCCCCUUCUUAACUUGCUGAACUGGACCAGUGAGCAAAAGAUGCAGUGAUAAGAUAGUAGAUAUGGGCUGCAGAGACAUGUCAAAGCCAUGGCAUUAUCUGCUUCAAUGGAGAUGAUAACAAGCAUGAGACAAUGCAAUUGGAAGAAAAAAUGCAAAUCUGUUUUGUUUUGAAAUAUGCAGUAAAGUGACUCUUAUCAGGUCUUUGUGUCAUAAGACGACAUUUUAAAACUUGAAAUGUAAAGGAAGCUUUUAGCAUUGUUGUGGGGCCAUUUGUCAAGAUAUUUCACUGUCAAGCUGAACACUGUUUGGAUGUGUCAUUAACCCAAUUCACAUUUUAAAUAAAAUAUGAAUACAA